ACUUUGCUCUGAGGACAGUUGGUUUGUGCUCAUGAAGAUGGAGAGCUGUCUGUUCAUCCUCAUGCUCUCAUCCCUGCUCCUGUCCACCACAGCCGACAGUGAUGUGAGGCUGGUGAACGGCAAAAGUCCGUGUGAGGGAAGAGUGGAGGUUCGUCAUCAAGGAGAGUGGGGAACUGUGUGUGGAGGUGGCUGGGAUAUAACGGAUGCCUCAGUGGUGUGUAGACAGAUCAUGUUCUGUGGAGAUGCUGUAGCAGCACCGCAAUACGGUCACUUUGGAGCAGGAACAGGAAAGAUCUGGUUGUCCUACGUGGACUGUGGAGGUUCAGAAUCUACACUGAAGGACUGCGGACACAGAGGAUGGGGUAGUGAUUAUGGCUGCGAACAUGUUCAUGACGCUGGAGUCAUCUGCUCAGGUUUAGCUGUACGCCUGGCAGGGGGACCUCACCUGUGUUCUGGGAGACUAGAAUUCCAUCAUAAAGAAUCAUGGAACACAGUGUGUGACCCCGACUUUGACCUCCAGGACGCAAAGGUUGUGUGUCGACAGCUGGGCUGUGGGACACCUGUACAGGUGCAGGGAGCAGCAGUUUUUGGUAAAGGGGACGACCAGGUGUGGAAGAACAAGAUUGAGUGCGGAGGUGAUGAACGUGACUUUGGUCAGUGUUUACGAUCAUCCACAAAGGAGACAAAGUGCACUCAUGACACUGAUGUGGGACUGGAGUGUUUUUGGUACACAAACUCCAGACUGGUGGAUGGCCCAGACUCCUGUUCUGGGAGGGUGGAGUUACAGUACCUCACUGAGUGGGGCACAAUGUGUGAUGCAUCCUGGGAUCUGAGAGCAGCCAAUGUCCUCUGUCAGCAGCUGGGCUGUGGGAGCGCUGUGGCAGUGCCAGGACAGGCCUGGUUUGGAAAGGGCAGUGGCCCCAUCUGGGCUGAUGUGUUUGAGUGUCAGGGGGAGGAGACACACCUGUCCCGGUGUGUCGUUUCUUCAUGGAACCGAGCUGUGUGCUCUCAUGGACACGAUGCAGGAGUCAUCUGUAAUGGAUCAUCUCUCUCAACCCUCAAUGGGACGGUCCGACUGUCUGGAGAAGGUGGCUGUGGGGGUCAGUUGGAGGUUCACUACCAGCACACCUGGAGCAGAGUUCUCCUGGACUCCUGGAGCUUCAAGGAGGCUUCUGUGGUCUGCAGACAGCUGGGCUGUGGUUCUGCACUGAGGAUCUACAGCUCCUCCCUGUCUGGGACAGGGGACACUGAUGUGUGUCUCACAGGGUAUCAGUGCUCUGGGACUGAGUCUCACCUGCUCAACUGCAGUGCUCCAGAUACAGUCAACUGCAGUUCCAGCCCAUAUGUGUCCAUAGUGUGUUCCAGUGAGUACAACAGGUCCCUGAGGCUGGUGGGUGAUGAGGGCGGCUGUGCAGGGAGGCUGGAGGUGUUCCACCAGGGCUCCUGGGGGACAGUGUGUGAUGACUCCUGGGACCUGAAUGAUGCUCAGGUGGUGUGCAGGCAGCUCCAGUGUGGGACGGCUCUCCGCUCUACCUAUUUUGGUCCAGGAAAUGGAUCUAUAUGGCUGGAUGAGGUUGGCUGUGUGGGGAACGAAUCAUCUCUGUGGGACUGUCCCUCUUCACAGUGGGGGAACCAUGACUGCGUUCACAAGGAGGAUGUUGGAGUUGAGUGUUCAGAGUACAAAGAUCUGAGACUGGCUGAACGUUGCUCCGGGCAGGUGGAGGUUUACUACAAUGGCACCUGGGGAAACGUGUGUUUCAGUCAAAUGGAGACCAAUACAGCAAGUCUAAUAUGUCAGCAGCUCAACUGUGGGAAGAGCGGGACUGUUUCUAAUACAGAAUCUCGACUGAAAGGAGCUCCAAACUGGCUGGAUAUUGUCAAAUGUCGCCCACAUGACUCCACACUGUGGCAGUGUCCAUCCUCUCCCUGGGGACAGAAUAAAUGUGAUGAUGGUGAAGUGGCCCUCAUUACCUGUGAACAAAAAAAUGUGGCUUUGAAAGGAACGGCAACUCAGUCGUCCCAAUAUGACUCUUAUGGUGCUGCUGGCAAUGCUAUUGAUGGAAACAGAAAUACAAAGUAUACAGAUGGGUCCUGCACUCACACCAAUCAGGACUCCAAACCAUGGUGGAGACUGGACCUGCAGGAUGUUUUCACUGUGACCUCAGUGACCAUCACCAACAGAGGGGACUGCUGCUCAGAGAGGAUCGAUGGUGCAGAGAUUCGUGUUGGAAACUCCCUGGAUGACAAUGGCAACCAGAAUCCCCUAUGUGCAGUGGUUCCCUCCAUUGCAGAAGGACAGUCCAGUUCCUUCCAGUGUAAUUGGACAAUGGGACGCUAUGUCAGUGUGGUCCUCCCAAAACCCGGCAUCCUGACUCUGUGUGAAGUUGAAGUUAAUGGACACGAUAGCAGUGGCUACCUGCCCCUGAGACUGCAGGGGGGCAACACGAUGUGCUCAGGGAGGGUGGAGCUGUGGUAUGAGGGCUCCUGGGGGACCAUCUGUGACGACUUAUGGGACAUAAAUGAUGCCCAGGACCACAGGACCUCCUGCUCUCACAAAGAGGAUGCUGGUGUCACUUGUGAAGAAAUUCCAGGAACAUCCACAACUAAAACCUCAGCAAGACCAGCACCACGCCAAACACCCUUGUCCAUCCCUCUUGUGGUGUUCCUGGUGCUGGGGGCUCUGCUCUUCCUACUGCUGGUGCUUCUGGCUGGACAGUUGUACCAGAACAGGGUUCUGAAGAGAGCCCUGUAUCAGGGGGGUCUCACCCCUCUGCAUGAGGCCAUUUAUGAAGAGAUAGAGUACAACUUGACCAGGGGAGAGACGUACAGAAACCCCAGAAAAGGAAGUGUCCUGUCUGAGGAUGUGCCCUCUGGGUAUGAAGAUGUGGAGGACAGUGAGGGAGACCCCUUCUCAGAUGAGAAGAAAGAAUACUAUGAUGAUGCUUUUCCUAUGGAAAAAAGUGCAGGUGGUCUGUCAGAGGAUCUGCGUACAGGAGACACAGCAGAGGACUAUGAUGAUGCUGUUACCACAGGACAGAGUCCAGGUUCAGCACUGAUGGGGACAGAAGACAUAGAGGAGGACUAUGAUGAUGCUGUGGGUGUAGAACAGAGUCCACAUGUGUUACCAGAAGAAAAAGCGUUGACCACUCUGCCCCCUGGUGAGGGACCCCCUGAUCCUGACCACACUGACUAUGAUGAUGUGGGAGACGGAGGAUCAUCUGCAGUUCUGGAAUCUCUGUGUGACUCGGAGUCCAGUCUGAGUCUGAAGGUCCUUCUGCCCAAAGCUUCAAACCAACAGGCUCAUUAAGAUCUGAUGCUUCUGAAGUA